CCACUCUAAUACUAUCUGAGAUAAUAAGCCAGUAGUUGGGUUCAAUGUAUGUCAGAUCUGGCAAAUGAAAUAUGGCUCCACCAUGGGAGAAACAAUGAUCGUGGGCAUUGAAAUCCUGUAACACGGAUUGCAACAUCUCACCAUGGGAGUUCAUGGCCUUGUCCCUUGCCAGCUAGCUACUUCGUGUUUGGUACUACUGAAAAAUCUGAAACUAAGUUGCAUAUCUCCCUAUCACAUAUCUCCCCUGUAAAUACAUUGCCAUUGACACAAACCAUCACCAAUUCACCAAAAACAACCUGACAUUUCCUCUCUUUUUUUCCCUGAUCACUUCCUUGGAAAGCAAAGCAAAAUUAAGCAAUCAUGAUCAGCUCCAAGAAGCUAGUUCAGCUUUCCAAGAAGUGGCAGGGAAUGGGUGCCAUCGGGAGGAAGAGGGUGACGGCAUCGGAGAAGGAGAUCAUCCACCACUCAUCCUGCAGCUCAUCCGUCGCCGGGAAGGGCAACUGCGUCGUCUACUCGUGCGACGGGAGGCGGUUCGAGAUCCCGCUGGCGUACCUCCGCACGCCGGUGUUCGUGGAGCUCCUGAGGAUGUCACAGGAGGAGUUUGGGUUCAGCAGCGAUGGUAGGAUCACACUGCCGUGCGACGCCGCGGUGAUGGAGUAUGUCAUGUGUUUGCUCGGGAGAGAGGCCUCGGAGGAGGUUGAGAAGGCUCUCCUCAGUUCCAUUGUGAUGCCCUGCAGCCACCACCCAAGCAGGAUGGCGCAGCACCAGCAUUUUGCUGUAUGCAGCAUCUGAAGUCUGAAGAAUCACACAGCAUCUGAAGUCUGAAGAAGAGCUCCAGGGAUAUUCAGCUUGUUCUUCCUCUUUUUUUCCAUCUUUUUUCCCAAAUGUACCUUUGGAGCACAGUUUUUUUGUGCAAUGUUUUUCCAAGGUACUGCGGGUGUACAGAUGGAGCAUGUAAAAAUAAUCACAGCAUUGUGAUUAGAAAAGAGGAUCAGGCUAAAUUUCCAUGCAGUGGAAUAAUAAUGGAGUUGUGUUGUGUUAAGAUC